AUGUCGGACGCGUCAGCUGCAAGCAUAUUGGCUCAGGAAGUGGAUUAUUUACAGGAUGAGCACUGCACAUGUUCAGCCCUCACCUUCUAUGAGUACAUUGUGACUUUUCCUCAAGAGGUCCACGUCAUCUGGGGAGCCAGGUUGACCACUGUCACGGUCAUCUUUGCCAUCAACCGUUAUCUGCUCAUCGUACAAGGCGUUAGUAACGCACUGAAUGUCAUCUGGUGGCAUACUCCACUGUUAAUAGAUUGUCGAAGCUGCAAUGCUGUCACCGUAUUGAACGAGGUGACGACUGUUGUUCUUCAGGCUGUGACAGCAAGCUUUGCCGCGUUCCGCACAUAUGCUAUUAGCGGACACCAGGUCGUCCCUGCAUUGCUAGUAUUGCUACUGGGGCUAGCUCAACUCGGCGGCUACUACAUCUUUGGAUAUGCAGAAAUGUCAUACGCGUUCGUCACUCACGUAGGCAGCUAUCCAGUCUGUGAAUGGAACCGCCACGAGUCCAGGGCGAUAUUGAACAUAUCCUUCCUCCCGGCCGUCUGCCUGGCUGUAUCUGACCUGAUCGUGGUCCUUGUCACUUGGUACAAAACAUUCCGACUCGCAAUAGAAGUGCGGAAGCUACGGUUUAAAGGAUCGAUCGCGACGAUGCUGAUGAGAGACGGCACGCUCCACUUCAUGUACGAUCAGUACCCAACCUCCGUCGCAAGUUUUCUGCUACCAAUAACGUCAAUCCUGGUGUCGCGCUUCAUCCUCAAUCUACGCCAGGUGUCUCUCGGCAGCGUGGGCUUGGAUACGAUUUCUAACAGCACCCUGGACACGCCGGACCUUCCCUCUCGCCUGGUUGGCAACUUUGGCGCCGAGCUCCAGGACACGUCUCUUGGUUUUGAGGACAUCGAGGAUGACACGGAGGACGAGCAGAAUAUUAGUGAGGACUGUGAGGCCUACGAGUUGACGCAGGUGCAGUAGUCAUCGUACAAGCUACGCGAUCGUUUUCAUUAGUUCCGGCUCUGGUGACUGUGACCCGCAUUUGCAUCUUGACAUACUUUAUCGAUCGCGAUAUCCGAG